CAGCCGCAAGAGCCCAGUCUGUCGCUUCCUAACCUCGACCUACCAACUUCAACGCAAUCUGAUCGCGUGCGGGUUAACCAUGCGCCUUGUCGUGGCCGAUACUCAGUGAGGAAGCGUCUCUGAUAGCACGUCGCCGUCGUCCAGGGGGCCGGGCUCUGUGACGAUAUCCUCAGCACGGUACCGGAUGUGAGGAGGGUGCACGAAUCUCCCCCAGCACGACACCGGGCAUGGAAGAAACGCAGUGUGACCGGCGGAUGAUAGUCAGGCACCCGGUGUGUGCCACUUCGGGCAGUAGUCCUCAGGGGAGCUCAGGUACAGAGCUGAGCACUCGGCACCCAGUGCUGCCAGAAGAGGCCCUGGUGCUGUGAGCUCUGCCAAACAGCUCCACAGCUGCGCACUCAGAGAGCUUCAGUGCGGCCUCGCGGUCCCUCCGUGUCUCAGCGGCCGACCUGUCCAUCUCGCGUCCAAGGCGCGGAGGUCGGCGUGCGCCCGGCGUCGGCCGCUCAGGCUGGCCGGUCGUACCGAGCGCGGCAGCGCGGCCGGCCGGCGUGCCAGCGCCGCCAGGAUGGCCGGCGCCGUGCUGCCGGCCUUCUCCAAGCUGAGCGCGCUCCUGCACACGCGCGAGACGGACCACCAGCUGGACACGCUCGUGAUGCGCCUGCACCACCGCGCCACCGCCCGGCUCCUGCUGGUCGCUGCCUUUGUCGUGAGCACGCGCAGCCUGGCCGGCGAGCCCAUCGAGUGCUCCACGGACGCACGCGUGCCGCGCCAGCUCAUGAACAGCUACUGCUUCGUCACGGCCACGUUCAGCGUCACCGGCGGAGGAGGCGGGGAGACGCCGGCCGGCCUCGGCCGAGGAGGGGAGGACACGGUGAGGAGACACUCCUACUACCAGUGGGUGCCGUUCAUGUUCUGCCUGCAGGCGCUGGCCUUCUACCUGCCGUACGCGCUGUGGAAGCACAGCACGGGCAGCGUGCUCCGGGACUGCCUGGCCUUCCAGGUGGACCAGCCCGACACCACCAUGCACGCUAGCUCCACCAAACUCAUGUCGUUCGCCGGCUAUCUCUCGGCACGCAUGGGCAAGGUCAACCAGAGCAUCGUCAAGACGUUCUUUUUCGUCGAGCUCGCAUGUCUUCUGAACGUCAUCGGUAAUCUAUUCCUCAUUGACCUGUUUCUGGGUGUGGACUUCGGCCGGUACUGCGUAUCGCGCGCAGCCGCCCUGCUCACCGGCACACCGCCCGAGCCCGACCUCGUGUUCCCGCCGCUCGCCAAGUGCACGUUCGCCAAGUUCGGCGCCUCGGGCACCCUGGAGCGGGUGGACGCCGUCUGCGUGCUGCCGCACAACGUGUUCAACGAGAAGCUGUUCGUGUUCGUGUGGGUGUGGACGGCGCUGCUGGCGGCGCUGACGGUCGUGUACGUGCUGUUCAGGGCGGUCACGCUGGCGGUGCCCAAGGUGCGCCGGAACCUGCUGCUGGCGCGGCUGGUGCCCGAGCUGCGCGACCACGGCCGCCAGGUGUUCGAGCAGUGCACGGUGGCCGACUGGUUCCUGCUCUGUCAGAUCGGCCGGCACAUGGACGCGCUGGCCUUCAGCGAGCUGGUGCGGCACCUGGCCGCCAGUCACCAGGAGCUGCUGCUGCCGGCCAUCAGCGUGGCGCUCUCCCGGCGCGCGUCGCAGUGGUCGGACGGCCACCGGCGGUCCACCGACCACCAGACCAAACUGACCGGCUGAUCUAACCGACCGGCGGUCUAUGGACCACCAGACCAAGCUGACUAAAACUGACCGACCAUCAUACCAAACUGACCGGCUGAUCUAACCGAACUGACCGGCCACCGACGGUCCACGGAUCACCAGACCAAACUGACUGGCUGAACGACCAUAGUGACCGGUCAUCGGCGGUCCAUGGACCACCAUACCAAACUGACCGGCCACCGGCGGUCUACGUAUCAUCAGACCAAACUAACCGGGGUCGGACGACCGGCCAAACUUAACGCCUGAAGUUCUGAACUGACCGCUCAGCGCUCCACCCACCAAGGGACCAAAUUUAACUUCUAGAUUUGACUUUGGAGUAGCGGAUAGAUCAAAUGAUGUGGCAGACAAGUGUUCCUGAUUUAGUCCUAACACAUGACAUUAGUGACGUCAUCCGCGUUUCUCGUGCUUCUGUGACAGCAUUAGACCCGGCCCCGGGAAUAUGGGAAAUACACAUGGUUCGGCGGAGAGUACCUAGCCUUAUUCAGCGGCAGCUCCAUAGGCCGUGGGUGCCUUCGCAGGUCCCUCGACGAUAGCUGUGAGCAAGAAUAAAAAACAAGUGUUUGCAGGUACUUCUUGUAUUGACUCGAGGUUCGAACAGAAUGAGAGCAAGGCAAUAUGAAUGUUAGUAAAAAGCAUAGACUGAAAAACUACUUCAGUACAUAUUCCUCUUAUUUACUCUAACUCACGAUAGUUUCGAGUGUUCUCUCGUCUUCCUUACCUGUGUGCGAGGGCCGUUCCGCAGACACCGUCUCCGUCCCUUCAGAUAAGCGUCAAGUGGUGCUCGAAGUCCGGUGCCGCCGACAGCCGCACGGGCAGAGGUGCUCGCAGGUCACCAGUCCGCAUUGAGUGUGAUCAGCGACGAGUCACCGUGAAUGACGAAACCAGUGAGCGACGACAGACCGCAUGAGCUCGUAACAAUUUAAUCUAGUGUGUGGUGUGGCUGAUUAUGGAAGUGUGGGUGUUGGAAAAUGAAGAGGGCUCCCCUCAAUCCCUCAACGGUUGCAGAGCCCCAACUUCGAUUGAACAAUAAAUACGAACAAAACAACGACUGAAUCGCGUCAAGAACUUAGU